ACACAACUUCACAAACUUUCCCUCAUUCCACUCUUUAACUCUAAACCCCAACUCUCCAGAUUACAUAUUGCAAACAAUGGGGUCAUUGGAUUCAAAAGAAUCACCAGCCAAUAACCCAGGCCUUCAUUCUCCCCCUGAUGAAGCCACCAAAGGCUACAUCAUGCAGCAAACCAUGUUUCGAAUCAAGGACCCAAAACCUACCCUUGAAUUUUAUAGUCGCGUUUUGGGCAUGUCGUUGCUAAACAAAGUGGAUGUUCCAUAUAUGAAAAUGACAUUGUAUAUGAUGGGCUAUGAGGAUGUUUCAUCAGCUCCAAGUGACCCAGUUGAGAAAACUAUUUGGACAUUUGGAAGACCAGCUACUAUGGAAUUAACACAUUUCUGGGGUACUGAAAACGACCCUGAGUUCAAAGGAUACCACGAUGGGAAUUCAGAACCUACUGGCUUCGGGCACAUUGGCAUCACCGUGGAUGACAUGUAUAAGGCAUGUGAGAGAUUUGAGAGUCUUGGAGUAGAGUUUGUCAAAAAACCAGGCGAUGGUUAUGCAUUCAUCAAGGAUCCCGAUGGUUACUGGAUUGAAAUCUUUGAUUUGAAUGGAAUUAGAGCAAUAGUUAACAAUUUAGCUUAAGCUAGUGCUUCACCAAGUUCAGGAAACAAGGAUAUGGCAUAUGUAGUAGGUUUCGUUCGUUGUCAUGAUUCUAGUGUUAUAAUGUCUGCUCUCGUACAUUAAUUCCUUUGCUUUCUAGAACUUAUCGAGAGACAAAAUUCGGUGAAAUCUUAAUUGAAGCACAUUUCAUUUCUA